AGAACGGUUUUAAAUAUAAUUCUAAAGGAUAAGUGUAUUGUUGCAGGACGACAGAUGGAUUAUGGUUAAUAGAGAUAUAGAUACUCUUGACUGUUGCUUGAGAAGGAUGCUCGACGAACAUCGCCAGCUGAAUUCGGGCCUUCAUUCGAGUAACACGUGUUCAGCAGUGUCAGGAAACCCGGCGUCCUUUUAUACACGUGCCUUUUUUACUACGCAAAAUCAUGUCACAAAUAUUCUAGAAUUAUCUCAAGUAUUUGGUGUACUAUUUGAUUGAUUCUGAUAUUACAUUUGGACUAUAUCCAAUGGGUAUUUAAAUUGAUUCAUCAUAUUCAUGGCUGAUAAAGAGCUAAAAAAAGUAAAACGUGCAACGUUGUUGAUUAUCUACAAAAGCUAUCAUAUUCAAACUCAUAAUGUUCCGUGACGGUUAAUAAGUGUUAACGUAUGAGUGUUUUAUUUAAACGGCGCCGGGAAAAUUGGUGACUUAAUGUGUCUUGAUAAGAUUACUUAUCAUUCAGAAAAUAAUACCAACACCUGAACAAAAUAAAUGUAAGAAAAUAAGUGGCAGAUUUUUUUUUUCAAAGGAGUUGCAAGUUCAUGCCCACGCAUCAUUCAUUGAAUAAUUGUUUCAAGAAAUUAUACAAUGCCGUACGAAAUGAAUGGAAAUAAUGCUGAAGGAGGAAUGGAGCACGUGGAGCUGAGUCCUCUUCAACGUCGAACACGAUUUCACGUAAAUCGAGUUGACAGUAUGGAAGGAAGAACAAGUCUUUUGGGUGAACAAGAAACUAAAAAAUCCUUCAGACAUAUGACACGUGAAGCUUUACCACGAUUAGAUAAUUAUCGAAAUAUUAUGAGUAUCCAAGCUGCUCAUAGACCUACCCUAGAUGAGCUUCAUCAUGCCAGUCUCUUUAAUAAGGGAAAUGCAAGUAAUACUUUGCCUCCAAACCAAUCAAAAGAACUAGAGACUGGUGUUAAGUUUGGAUGGAUUCAAGGAGUUCUAAUGAGAUGUCUUCUGAAUAUAUGGGGUGUAAUGCUUUUUCUACGACUCUCUUGGGUCGUAGCACAAACUGGAGUUGGGCAAGCUAUUUUGUUAAUUUUAACUACAACUGCUGUCACUACAAUAACUGCUUUGUCCAUGUCUGCAAUCAGCACAAAUGGUCUUAUUAAAGGAGGUGGAACGUAUUAUAUGAUCUCGAGAUCUCUAGGACCCGAGUUCGGAGGAUCGAUUGGUCUAAUAUUUUCCUUAGCUAAUGCAGUGGCAUGUUCUAUGUAUGUUGUGGGUUUUUGUGAGAGUCUCCAGGACCUUUUACGUCCUGCUCAACGAUGCAUAAUAGAUUGUGCUGAAUGGGAUAUAAGGAUAAUAGGAUGUAUUACUAUUAUUGCUCUUCUAGCCAUCGUUAUGAUUGGGAUGGAAUGGGAAGCAAAAGCACAAAUUGGUCUACUAAUAAUUUUACUGAUUGCUUUGGUAGAUUUUUUUAUCGGUACCUUUGUUGGUCCAAAAAGUAAUGAAGAGUAUGCUAAAGGAUUUAUUGGUUAUAAUGCACAACUCUUGAAACAAAACUUUAAACCAGAUUACAGAGAAUAUGAUGGAGUAGAUCAUGGAUUUUUUUCAGUAUUAGCUAUAUUUUUUCCUGCAGCUACAGGUAUUUUAGCAGGAGCAAAUAUUUCUGGUGAUUUGAAGGAUCCUCAGAAAGCAAUUCCAAAAGGUACUCUGCUAGCGAUAUUGCUGACGACAAUAUCUUAUAUUCUAAUGGCUAUAAUGGUUGGAGCAACUGUAGUCAGAGAUGCUACUGGAGAUAUCAAUGAUAUCCUAAUAUUCACUAAUAAUACCACUAUGUCUUUCAAUAGUUCCAUUAUCUCAAACAAUUCAGUCACUCAAUCACCCAAUGUUAAUUUAUCUAGUCUAUUAAAUUCAGAUUUAAAUGAAACGACAGAUGAAUCGAUUUUAACAAACUUAACAUAUAUCAUAAGCUCUAAUUUAACUAAUUUAAAUACUACAAAUCCUGAUAAAAGAGUUUGGAGUGAAUAUGGAACUGCUUUUAAUUGCAGUAAAACUGAAAAAAAUUGUAAAUAUGGAUCACAUAAUAGUUUUCAAGUUAUCGAAUUAGUAUCAGUAUUUGGACCUUUUAUUUAUGCCGGAUGUUUUGCUGCUACUUUAUCAAGUGCUUUAGCAUCUCUAGUAUCAGCUCCUAAAGUUUUUCAAGCACUUUGUCAAGAUCAUUUGUAUCCUGGUAUUGCUUGGUUCAGUGGGAAACCAGGAAAAGAACCUGUUAGAGGCUAUCUAUUAGCUUUCAUUAUUGCCGUUGGAUUUAUUUUAAUUGGAAAUUUAAACUCUAUUGCACCAUUGAUAUCUAAUUUCUUCUUAGCUGCGUAUACUCUGAUCAAUUUUAGCACUUUCCAUGCAUCCCUAGCUAAACCUAUUGGAUGGAGACCAACAUUUAAGUAUUACAACAUGUGGUUAAGUCUAGCUGGAUCGAUAUUAUGUGUCGCAGUGAUGUUUUUAAUUUCUUGGUGGACUGCAUUAAUUACUUUGUGUGCCGUUCUUGCACUUUAUCUUGUGGUUUCUUAUAGAAAACCCGAUGUUAAUUGGGGAUCUACUACACAAGCUCAAACCUAUAAUAAUGCUUUAACAGCUGUACAACAGUUAGAUAGAGUUGAAGAACACGUUAAAAAUUAUAAACCACAAUUUUUAGUACUCAGUGGAAAUCCUAGUGCCAGAUCAGCAUUAAUUGACUUUGCUCAUCAUAUAACAAAAAAUCAAAGUCUUGUAAUAUGCGGUCAUAUUAUUGAGAAUCCUCUGAAUUAUAAAACUCGUUCAGCAAUGAUUGAAAAGUCAUCUAAUUGGCUGAGGAAUAAUAAAAUAAAGGGCUUUUAUUCCGUGAUUGAUGGAAUGAGCUUUCAAGAAGGUGCUACGUCACUUUUACAAGCGUCUGGGCUUGGGAAACUACGUCCUAAUAUUUUAUUAAUGGGGUAUAAACAAGAUUGGGCAACAUGUGCUCGAGAAGAUCUCAAUAUGUACUUCAAUGUCAUGCAUAAAUCUUUAGAUAUGCAUAUAGCUGUCGCUAUUCUUCGUUUAAGUGAAGGUUUUGAUCACAGUGCACUCGUAAAUGAGACAGAAGAUUCCAAAAAGAGUUCUGUGACCAUCAGAGGCAAUCAAAGUUUUUCUCAACUCAGUCAAGCCAGUAGUACUUCAGACAUUUCAAUGCCCGGAAGUCCAUCACCUAAAAGGUCAGAAAUUAUUAAUAAAAGUCCAGAUGCAUCUCCAAGUAAUCGUCAAGAAAGUAAACCAAUGAUUGCUGUUAUUUCUAAAGACAUCAUAAGUUCCCUGACUAAGUUUAAAAAGAAACAAAAAAGAGGUACAAUUGAUGUCUGGUGGUUAUAUGACGAUGGAGGACUCACAUUACUCUUGCCUUAUAUCAUUAGUACCCGAAGAAACUGGGCUAAUAGUAAAUUGCGAGUAUUUGCAUUGGCCAAUAAGCACUCUGAACUGGAGUAUGAACAAAGAAAUAUGGCGAGUCUUUUGUCUAAAUUCCGGAUUGAUUAUUCAGCAUUAAAGAUUAUUUCUAAUAUUUCAAAACCUGCUGAUACUCAAACGAAAAAUUUCUUUGAACUUUUGAUAGCUGAUUUUCAAGGAUCUUCAUCUUCAGAUGACAAAGAUAUUACAAUAACGGAAUCAGAACUUUUAGCAAUGAAUGAGAAGACAAAUAGGCACUUGAGGUUACGGGAGUUAUUAACAGAGCAUUCAAUGGACGCAAAUCUUAUCGUUAUGACUCUACCGAUGCCUAGAAAAGGAGCAGUAUCUGCACCUUUAUAUAUGGCAUGGCUCGAAACAUUAACACGUGAUAUGCCGCCGUUUUUGCUAGUCCGCGGAAAUCAUACUUCAGUUCUUACUUUUUAUUCUUAAUUAAAAUACCGCAAUUAAUUUCUUUUCGAUUUUUCAAAUGAUCUAGCGUAUUUUAUAAAAUAAUAUUUUAAUUAAUUUUUGAAAAUUCUUCAUGUAAAAUUGUGUGAUAGAUUUUCAGCAUAGAGAUAAAAUAAAAUAAUUAAAGUAUUUUUAUAAUUAUAAAUUAAUUAAAAUUUUUGCGGUUUUUUAAAUUAAGAUAUAUCGAAUUUUAUAAUUCAAAAUUAAUGAAUACUAAGCAGUUGAUAGCAGUAAUGAAGUAUUUUUAUAAUCAUAAAGCUAAUUUAAUUGUAAUUUAUUCAAUUUAUUAUUUAGAAUUUAUUUUAAAUUUAUAUAGUGUACGUCAUGGAAUAAUUUAACAUCGCCCGGAUAGCACUCGUGUUUAUAGAUAUUAGUUGAUAUACACCAUCAUUGGCUAUUUUUACAAUAAAAUAUACUGUCUAUUGUAUACACUCGGUACAAGAAAUCAAUCAGGGUUAUUCAACCCUCACGUGUACUCACAUCGGUUUCAAUUGCAUUCUGUAAGCUUCCUAGAUAGACAUGCAAACAUUAUAUUCCGCGAAUAUGACAUCAAAUGUACUUUCGAUCAAUCACUGAUAAUUCAUUUACGUAACAUGAUAAUAAUUUGUACUGUAGGAAAUAUAUAGAUUUUAUCAUUGAAAAGUACUUUUCCAUAACUAUUGUUAUGAUCAUUGCAUUUUAACUUUGCGGAAACAUGACAGAUAAUAUCCAGGGAACAUAUAUAUACAUAGAAAUGAAUUUUUAUAAAGUCGUGUAAUUGGAUCUGAUAGAAAAACAACGCCUCCUCAGGGUAUUUCACUAAUCCACUGGAAAAAAACGCCCGUAAUCUCUUUUAUCAUUUUGUUUGUUAACUUUUUUACUGAAUCGAAAAAAUGUUUCGACUGUAAAUUAUUGUGAAUUAAAUAUCUUAAAAGAAUUUUUUAAUUUAAUUUCAAAAAAUAUAUACGUACUAAUU